AGAGCGAGGUGUGCAGGUGCAGAUCUAUCAACCGGAGUAUUCUUAGUGGAUUGGCGCCGUACCUGCGCCUCCGGCAGCGCAGGACGAGUACUCGUACUCGAGUAGAGGUGAAUGAGAGGAUGCUACAAGUAUUUACACGCGUGUAAAGCACUGCACGGUAGAGUACCGCACUCGAGCACUUGCGCCCGUCGCAGUGCUAUACCGCACAGUAUCCCACGAGUGCGCUGUGCUAUGCUCGAGCACGAUGCUCAAAAAGACUGGGUCUUUUGAUUUACCCGCGUACUCGAGUACAGUACAAGCACCAGUAGACUAAUGUGUGCUAUUUCGAUAUUGGCGAGGGAGUUGGGAGAAAAUGCGGCUGUGCAGUUUUUCUUUUCCCUUUUUUGCUCCACCCCUCCUCCCCCUGGUUCCACAAGCAAGAUCUUGGGUCGGGGAGGUGCACUGUUGUCCUGUAACGGUACCACCAUGGCCGCUCGCACCACACAAGUAUAAUAAUCCACGGUACUGUAUGAUACGAUCACUUUCUGCAUAGCACAAUACCGAACCCUACCGGUAAAGCAUGGAGUUCAGGGUAGGGUAAGCGAGGCGAAACCACCCUGAUUGGCCCAGCCAAUCCAAGAGCUGAAUGCCGGUACCGGUAUUGCGAUGCCCCUGUGGCCAGAGUACGAGCACUCGAGCACCGUAUCAUACAUACCGGUAACAGAUGGCUUUUCCUGAUUCAUUCCACCUCGAGCUGGAGCGCCAAGAUUGGCCCCUCAUAUGGUCAUGCACUUCCAACUUUGGCCAGAGUCCGCCUCACUUAUGCGCACCCUAAACACUGCUGGUAUGCAAGCAGCAGACCAUUAUUGGCCCGCGAAAAAUGACUGAAAACAUUCGCGCGCAAGUACUGUAGCAACAGGAAACAUCUAUAUCCAUCCAUAACGCCGGCCUUUGAGGUUCGCUAACACUUGCGCCCAUCACCUGGGUGCGUUCGGUUGUUGCUUUUUCUUCUACAGUAGCAACACCGCAGUGCUGGUAUCAUACCGGUGCAGCGCUAAGUACAGUACUGGCACAGUACCACAGAGCGAAAGCCAGGAAAAUCCAAGCACGAGUACUCGAGUACAAUACGGUGAUUCCUACCGCACUGCACGAUAGCCCAACAGAAUUGAGCCAACGCGAUGCACCGUCCUGCGACCCGUUCGCUGCCACAUCCAUCCGAGAGCCCCAAUACCGCACAAGUACGAGUACCGUACUCGAGUAAUAAUCCGAACCGAGCACGAGCCUCUUCCUCCAAGUCCAAUCACCGAUACCCUUUCGUUCUCUGAGACUUUUUCCUUCUCCCUUUCGUUCCCCCUCCUCUCCCUCCUGUUUCAUUCCCUUUGAGGGUCUUUGGUCCCUGCCAAGAGUACCACCGAUAGUAUCAUCCUCGAGAGGCACUGUAUCCGAAAAACAGGAGUCGCUGGUUUGCACAAGUGAUGGCGCCGAGACGGGCACGAUUGCUUUUCCUCCUGCCUUAUAUUCUGCGAGUCCCUGUUUUCGGGUGCUCCUCGCGAGCCAUGAGCACCCGUACAAGUAUGAUAUUAGUGCAGUGCAUGCGAGAGUGCUCGUGUAUCCACUGUACGAGUACCCGUACGGCACGCGGACAGGCAAUUCGGCACUCUCGGAUGCGGCGCGGGUGCAAGUACCACAACGGUGCAUUCCCACACCAUCUACCGAGCCCACCGGUGUUUCCAUGGGCGGUGAGGGGGAAUUGACCAAUACCGGUACAGUCGCCCGUGGGGAUGAUGGCGGAAGCGCAACGCUCACCUGUCCAGAGUUCGAUACCGUGCUCGAGUACUACGAGUAGUACUGGUGGCGGAGCGCAGCACGCAGACUGCACACACGGUACCGCAUGUACCCGUACGCGCACCACGGCAGGAUACAACGUACCCCAUAGAAACACCUCACCACACACGCCCAGUCAUGGUAAACGAGAUUUCCAUUCGAUUGGCACCCUACCGGUAUUCCAUCUCUCCCUCCCGCUCUCUCAUCCUUCACCCCUACCCUUCCACAAGGCACCACAGAAUCAGCAUCUGCCAUCCCGUGCCAACCUCCAAUAAAUAAACCCAUCAUCCUCUGGCUUAUAAAUAGCAUAUCGACAGCAGCCAUGUGUUGUCCCCCUUCUGGCCUUGCAGCACCGUGCCCGAGUAACUAACAAAACAAACACAUACCAAUCCUUAAACUUGCCUGCAACAGUACGAGUACGAGUAACUACUAGUAGCCAACACGGCCCCCCAGGAGCCCUACUCGAGUAUCCUGUAUCCCCCGCCCGACAUCCGAAUUACCUACUUGUAACGGGGUGAAUGUUUCAUCUGCACCGUACCGUAAAUUCUCCUCUCUGCGAGGAGGAUUAUCUAUCUGUAUUGGUACUCGUGCACUGUAGAUUUUGUGUACCGUAGUACUGUGCCGGAAGGGGCGGGUGUUCACGCACGAGCGGCUCGAUGGGGAGGAUACUGUAGAUCAUGUGAGCUCGUUCUUUUUCUCUCUUCUUCUUUCUCUCUUUUUCCCUUGUCCCCCGGGCGACGAGUCUGGUUAUCGUGAUGAAUCUAUUUCCGAGUGAGGGUGGGUGAUUCAAGCUGUGAGGAGGAGGAAACAGUGACACCGGUGUGAUGGUGUGCUGUAAAUUUAUGGUAACACGGAACGGAGGGGAAGUGAAGAUAAAGGUUACAUUCCGACACAACACCCUAAUCAAACGACUCCUUGCCCACUCGCGGAGGCACCGUAUCGUACAGAAAAUGAUCCGUCACCACCGGCACAGCGUCGGUGCAGC